AUGGCUUCCUCUUCCUUCUUUUUGUGCUUCUUUGCCUUCUCGUUGCUAUUAAUUAGUCUCUUUAAAUCGACUAACUCGUCGAAACUCGAGGUUGAGGAGUUGUCAUGGCUCGAUGACGAGGAGGACGAGGAGAUCAACAUGGUCCAGAGCCGUCACGAUUCACUACGAAAAUGUGAUUUUGGGUCGGGAAAAUGGGUGUACGAUCAGACUUAUCCGCUUUAUGAUGCGGCCACUUGCCCGUAUCUUAGUACGAGGGUUACUUGUCGGAAAAACGGGAGGCCGGAUUCCGAUUACGAGAAAUGGAGAUGGAAACCGCAUGGUUGCUCCAUUCCUAGGUUUGAUGCAUUGGAGUUUCUUGGAAAGAUGAGAAGGAAAAGAAUAAUGCUAGUUGGUGACUCUAUAAUGAGAAACCAAUGGGAGUCUCUUGUUUGCUUGGUCGAAUCCGUCGUUCCCACCGAUCGUAAAACCGUCACGUAUGCCGGCCCUACCAUGGCCUUCCAUGCCCUCGAUUUUGAGACAUCAAUUGAAUUUUGUUGGGCUCCACUUCUAGUUGAACUGAAGAGAGGGCCUGGAAACAAGAGGAUUUUACAUCUAGAUUUGAUAGAAGAGAAUGGCAAGUACUGGAGAGCUGCUGACGUGUUGGUUUUUGAUUCGGCACAUUGGUGGACCCACUCAGACAAAUGGACCUCGUGGGAUUUGCUAAUGGAGGGAAACCAUAUAUCGCGAGAUAUGAACCGAAUGGUUGCAUACCAAAGAGGGCUUCGGACAUGGGCAAAAUGGGUCGAUUUGAACCUGGAUCCACGUCAAUCUCGAGUCAUAUUUCGUAGCAUGUCACCUCGACAUAACAGGGACAAUGGAUGGAAGUGCUACAAGCAAAGGGAACCAUUGGGGUAUGCUAGUCACCCUCAUAUACCAGAAGAGAUGAUGAUUCUAAAAGGUGUGCUCAAAAGAAUGAGAUUUCAGGUUUAUCUGGAAGAUAUAACCGCGAUGUCAGCACUGCGAAGAGACGGCCACCCAUCGGUUUACGCACAAUCUGGUAGCGGUGGAGACGAGAAGCAGCACCGCACUGGCCACGGUUCGGCUGAUUGCAGCCAUUGGUGCCUGCCCGGGGUUCCUGAUAUCUGGAACGAAGUGCUAAAUGCCAUGCUUUGAAAACUUGAUUAGAUCAAGCUGAUGUUCCAUUAGGUUAAUGAAGAUUGUGUUUUCUAAUGGUUUGUUUGGAUCGUAACUUUCUCCAGUUAGUAGUCAGCUAUUUAGUUGGUUUAUUUUG